GUUUUAUCUUUUAGUUAUCUUUUUCUUUUUCAUUCAAUCUCGUAAAACAAGCAAGUUGAAUUUUUGGCAAAUAUUUUGUGUCGACGUUAUUCGUGGAGUCACGUCGCUGGAGGCAAAAACUUAACCUCCAACCAAAACCAGAGAUGAAUCAAACCAUAAAUCGAGGUGUACCGAGCUGUUCCUCACAACUGCACGCGUCCAAACGGUCGAAAUCACACAACUAUCGUGCAUUUUGAGUACAACAGAAUUAAAGUAUGUUUCCCGAAAGCAGCUCUUUCACGCAAAUCCACACGACCAGGCGUAUUCACCCCUUGCCGAAUUUGACGAUUUUAGCAACAUGAUUUGCAUAUUAAUAUUCAAUCACCACCGUACAAAACGUGACUUUUCAGCGAUUGAGAUACGUACACCAGCCUCGUUAGACCAUUGAUCAGCCACUUCCAGUGCCAUUUCGGUCAGAUGAGGUUAAAUUCCAAAAAUGUUUGACGUCAAAUCUAGAGGAGUACUACACUUAAUUUCAACUAAUACACCAUUAAUCCGUCAGGUAUCUGACCAUGGUUUCAUUAUCACCUGCUUCGAAAGGGUUAUUUAUGAAUAUUGACAAAGACCAGUCCUUUUGCUGUUUCCAAAUGAUAUCUUCAACAAAAAGAGAUUUACGCACACUAAACCGGCAGAACUCAGUCAUGCAAAUGCCAGACACAAGACUUACUACAAUUAACUUUACAUCUCUGCUAGUGAACAAUCCAAAGUGACUUAAUGAAUAUUCAUUUGGUGUAUUUACAUACAGUCACUGAACGGACUUUGAUUUAAAAAACAUGGAAAUAAAGGUGAAUAAAAGUCCAUACUUCUUUCUUAUUGUAGACUACUUCAGAAAAAAACUUUUCCGCGCCACUCCCAGACAACAGGCCUCCUGUGGACCAGGUAAAACAGGAGAACUUUUAAAAGAUUCUCUGAAAAAAUGGAAAAGAGCAAAUGUUCGAAUCAUUUAAAGGCGCGUGCUACCGCAAACACGGAAAAAACGACUCUGUUUUAUCGUCAUGGUAACCACAGCUGUCAGUCAUGCUCGUUAUUGAAAAGUGGUAAGAAUUCCGGGUCAAUCACACGGGGUUGAAAGCUGUGCAGGCAAGUAUUGGAUCGUGCAAGCCUUUACCAUAGUUAGGAGCGCCAUGAGUUAGCGGAGACCAAGCACUCAUAGAGGUCUGCAUUUCCCACGAGAUCAGCUUAUUAUACCAGGGGAAGCGGUAAGUUAUUGCUGCGUCUGCGAACCGAGGAAAUAGCCUUUUCCUUUUGCAAGACGUAAGGGUAAAGCUGAAAGGCCCGAAGACCUUGCUUGAAAUGGUAUCUCUACAAGACACAAAGAGGAAAUACCACUCCCACUCCAUCGAAAUUAGAGAAAUUCUGUAUAAUAAUGCGAACAAGGUGCGUAAAGAUGUGGGAGCAGAGCUCAAUUGACAUUUCCACAAGUCUCUGAUUUAAACCUGUGCAAAUAAAUAAGCCUGUGCGCAACAGCGACUGUUUGUGUUGAUGAUGCGUGAGGUACUGUGUCUGCUGAAGGAAACAGUAUACUAACAAGAUUCGGACUACCAAUCUCGUUAAAAUGUCGAAUACAACAAACGUGACAGUCUCUGCACCAGGUUCAAAAACGGCAAGGAUUAAUCAAAGACAACGGGCUGAGACGGAUGUGCGCGAGCAUUCACUAUCCGGUGACUGCAUCGGUUUACACGCGUGAUAGAGACUCUUAGCGAAGGAUAAACUAAAAUUGCACUGCAUUGCUACUAACUGUUUCGACCUGGUCUGCGAGAACGACGAGUGACAACUUUAUCACUAAUUUCUCAGUUCUGCAGCAGCGUUGUAAUGGAAACACUUAAGACAAAGCCAAGUUCAUUGAAGGUCGUCAACAUCCAAUCAGUCUUCAAAUAUCAAAAUAUCUUUAAUAUAAUAUAAUUAUAUAAUAUUUCUACGAGCAAGGCAAACAAUUGCUCUUUAACUGUGUACAUUUACAGUAUAUAGGAUAUCCGGAGGCGGGAAUAAUUUAAAUGUCACGUGGCCUCGUCUGGUGUACGUUUUGUCCCCACGUGGGGUUGGGGCACGGAAUUUUGUAUUUCCCAAGACAGCAAAAGCUAAAGGACGCUGCAAUUGCUUUAAACUAGCAUAAAGUUUCGAUAUUCACGAAAACUUAUAAUUACGUGCUAUGUUGGGGCUAGAUUUCAACCGUCGAAAGCUAAAUGUUGUCGAGAGUUGGACACUCCUCUAAUCUUGCUUUGACCAUUCCGGUUAAAAAUCGAUCUGAAUUGAUCCUCUAGUUCCUUCCUUUCUAUAACAGUGAAGCAGUUAAAUGCGCACAAACAACAGAAAAUUGGCCUCUAAAUAAAUUCCUCAGCUACCGACUGAUAGCUAUGAUAAGGUUCGGAAUACAGACCAGUCUCGUCCGGUACCUUUUCGGGAAAUGGGAAAUCAUUCUCAUUUUAAGACUAUACUCCAGCAUGCAAUAAAGAUCGACACAAGAGUACAAAUCCAGUGACUGUUAGCUGACUGCUAUUAGAUGUUCGCCGGGAAAAAUUAGUCAACAUUGGUGUUGAACUGUUAAUUAAUUCAGUCUUAACGAAGAUCAAACAAACGUUUCCGCAGACAGUUUGACCGAGAAGUGGGCUUUUCACAACGGCUAAAGUGCCUAGCCUCUUUUUGCUGUUCCUGAGCAGUCAAUUUAAUUGUAUUUAAUGUAUUGAUUCUCUUGGGGCUGUCCAGCUUUACAAACAAGACCGCAUUGAGAUGCGUAUAAAAGUGCAUGUGUGACAUCGGUGUUACUUUCUUGGACACAAGAAAACCUUCCCAUUAAGGCAAUUUACUAAACGUUUUAUAUAUUUAAGAGCAGUCAAACUCUACUGAACUGUGAUUAUCACGAUAACUUCUGGAUGAAGAAUUUUAUUUUCUAUUUUUGUAAGCAAGAUGAGUGAAUUGUUGGACUCCAUCUUGAAAUCAGUCAUGUAUACCGAGCAGAAAACUGCUUCAAGUCAGACUCUUCUAGAGAAAUUAUUUCUUUUAGGUUCAUAACAGUCAGAUGACUUGUAAGGCCUUUAUUCACGAAAAUCUGCAUGUUUUCCCGAGGUCUUACUUGGUAUUAUAAGAAAAAAAUUAAAAUUUCAGAAUAUGUGUCAUGAAUUAAUUUAUGCAAAUAGCUCUCCGGUACCAUACUGUCCGCUCCUAUGAAGAGCUCUGCAGCCAUUUGGUUCAGUUUAAAGAUUAACAUAGAGGGAAAUCACGAACAAGUCUUUUGUUCCACCCACACUCUACCAUGCGAGAAACGCUAUCAGUUAAAAUGAAGGCUAUUUUGCUUAGAGCAAAAAUUCAAGCAAAUGAAGUACGUAACGUAAGUCUUGACGCAGUUGAGUGGGCCGUUGAAUAUUCUGUAAGCUGAGAACUUUGAAGGUCAACAGUCAAGUUUGAUUGUUUUGAGGCAGUUAAGCGUGGCCCGUUAUGAUGGUACUAUUGAUUUCGGUUCUCGGUUGCCGACUGUUGCCGCGCGCUGUCAACAACAUAAUACUCCUACGCAGGAGUCAGUUACAGGACUAUUAAAUAUCAAAAUAACCAACAUCACGAAAGACUGCAAAAACAGUGAUUUCUCGCGACUACCACUGCAGCUAUUACAUUAGUUCAGAAAAGCUGAGAAUUCAAAACGAAAACGAUAACCUGACAUACUGAAGACUACACCAGUUGUAUUGAAUCGCUCAUGUUCGUUUUCAACGCUCACGUUUUGCCAAAAACCCGAUGAUAUUGCUUUUAAACUACUGCAAUAACUAGCUCUUGAGUUACAAGAGCCGGUUUACUUGAACAAAUAAAAAAAAAGCCGAGUUAACCGCACAGAAGCUAGAGGUAAGAAAACAUUUCAACGUCCUAAAUUGUUAUUUUUGACUGCAUUGUUACACGGAAUUUCGAAAAAGUAGUUUUACUUAGAUAUACUUGAGGUAGCUCGAGGAAUUUUUGCAAUUUGCAGUUACGUGAGCGAAAGUCCGUAUUCUCUAAUAUCUGAAAACCAAAGGAAGCAGAAGAACAACUCUUGAAAAUUAUACGACGUGUUCAAAAGUGAAAAUUGCGAUUCUGCAAGAAUUUACUGACCGUGGGAAAUUCUGCUGUUUAUAACAGGAACUUUUUAAAUGCCCUUCAGCUAUUAUUCUGGUUGUUAAGAAACAUCACCGUUUAUCAUUUUUGAAGUCUAGCGACAAAACCUCAAUUCUCAUAUGAAAUAGGUGAGGGGUACUGCUUUUGUAAAUCACAUUAUUUCAGUGACCACCAAUUUCAGUGAUCACAUAACGGCAGACGUGUUAACAAAAACAGUGCUCGAUAUCACUAGUAACAGUGCAAUGCUAAUUAGACAGAGAAUCUGUGAUUUUAAUUAAAGAAAAGAAGAGAGAAUUCAUGUCUUGAUCCAAGUUAAGAAUAUCCUAAGGCUCCUUUUUUUAAGAUUCACAGGGUGUACAUAAAAAUACGACAGCAUCAAUAGGCUAGACUACAUUCUUAGCUAAAAUAGCUCUUUGGUGCCCCGUGCAAGUACCACUAGUUCAAAUAAAUCACUGAAUUAGCUGCCACUUUUGUACUUUUUCCGCAACGAGAGAUAUUUUUGAAGCUGUUUACGUUUGUAGUAAAGGUAUCAAUAGGCUAGAAUACAUUCUUAGUUAAGAGUGUCGUCUUCAUUAGACAUACGACAGCAUCAAUAGGCUAGACUAUAUUGUUAGCUAAAAUAGCUCCUUGGUGCCCCGUGCAUGUACUACAAGGUCAAAUGAAUCACUGAAUUGGCUGUCUCUUUCAUACUUCUUCCGCAAUGGGGUAUAUUUUUGAAGCUGUUUGUAAUAAAGGUAUUUCUGGGAAUGCGACAAGUUUUGGUUUCACGUACUGGGCCAAAGUUCGAUUCAACAUACGUAAUCAUUGACAUACGACAUUACACUAGACAGACGGUACUGACGUUUAGACGGCUUCCUUUUAGGGAACCUGAUGAACACAGAGAGUACAAUGCAAAGGAAAUGGGAUGGGAAGGAAAAUCACUCGACUGCAAUCUUAUUUUGUAAUGUCAAUCAAAACGGGUUGGCUCUCUUUAAUUCGUGCUAUUUUGUACAGCGCAAGAACUGUUCCAAUAAAACAGACCCAUUUCCCUGCAUUUCUCAAUUUGAAGUCUUAACUUCAUCAAUAACAGGCUUCAUUUUGGCGGGAAUUUCGCAGCCGCCCACUCAGAUGGCAUAUUAACGUCAUCCGUGACGACAAGCACAAUUAACAAGCAAGAUACCACAUCGUCUGCUAACCAAAUCACGGGCAAUUCAGGGAGUUUAGAAACGACUUGCAACGCAAUUUUUCAGAUUUUCUGUUUAAAAAUGAGGUUCGAGCUAUCUUAUCUCUUUACUGAUUUUUUCGGGCCAGUGGAAUCCAACAUUAAGGAAGAACAAUUUACACAGAUCUUCGAGCACUUGAUUGGAAUCAGUCAAAAGCCGAGAUAAGACGUUUUACAGACUUCAGAGGAAAAAAUUAUAAAAAUAAACUCUAAACAUCGUCGAUUUAGUCGAUUUCUCGUAAGCGUUUUCGCUCACAUACUUUAGAUGCAACUAAGCGUGCAAAUUCCAUUGUUUAAAUUUCAUUUCAGGGGAUUUAAAUUCUUGUCAAGCUAUGUAUCUUCAAAGAGCUAUUUUACUUCAGCCUGGGCCCUGCGAUUUUGCACGAACGCACGUGGUCGAACAGAGUGCAUAUUACAUCAAGGAGCAGCGACCGACCGGUUUGAUUGCCAUCGACUGGCUUAACAACACAAUCUUCUUCAGAACACGAUAACACCGUACAUUUGGCGUGACAGCUAGCCAAUUUGCAUAAAGGGCCUCUCACGUACACCGCUAAACCCGGCAAUUCUUGUAAUUAUUUUGUAGAUCUCGGGACAAAAAGCAUUAAAUAUUGAGUGCGAUUUAACUGAACGUGUGCCAUCACUGUGGGAAAGAUUCGACACAUGAUUUUACGAGUGCUGAAGAGCCAUCGAGCGGACUUUACAUAUACAGUGAGGUUCUGAAUGAAAGACUUGCCCUCGUCCAUUUGACGUCAUAAUCCAUUGACAAGUUGGAUUGCCGGAUGUCAUAACAACCAGUGGUGGUUGCGCUUUGCAUCAUAUUAUAAUCACAAAUGAAUGAAAUGUUUUUAAAAGAGGAUAUCAAAUGAGCUUAAUUACAACGUGCCUGCACUGGGGCAACAUCACAGCAAAGUCAACGAGAUUACCAUCAACGGCGCUCGUCGCUUGCAGUCAACGAAGACCUUUUUAAGACAAAUUUAAGUCCAGGAAUUCAGAAAGGAAGAAAGCUCCGAAACACAACUGCUGCCGAAUCCUGACCUCGGCAUUUUCACGAAGGAAAUUUUUCCAGUUCCAUCACUUAAGAAGAACUUUAGCAAUCGACUCACACUUCCUCCGCCAGUGAGUCUGUUUGACGAAAAUGGUUCAAGACAGCAGCCCUUCCAGUCCAGUCGAUGUCGCUUUUGAGGAGCUCUUUGAAGUUAUCCCUGAGUUAAAGAUGUUCACCCCGGCUCAAGUUGUACCAGGCGCCGACCACGCGGACCAAGAUAGGCUAAUGGCUGGGUCUCCGAGCCUCGAAGAAGCUCGAAUGUACAAAAGCGAGCCAGAUCUGCGGAUCAAGAGCGAGCAAUCAGAGCCAUCAAGUCACACCUCUUUCAGUGAAGUUUCAAACUGGCUCCAGUGCAGUAUGCAGCUGGGUGACACGAGGCAUCAGACGCACGCGCGAGAUCCUUUCCUUUGCGCGCGCGAUUCGUUCUCCUUCCCAGAACAGAUGGACAACCUAGAGUGGAGGCCUCCGGUGCUACAAGCAAUGGCUCUCAUCAAACCAGAAACACCCUUCGAGUUAGACGAGAUGUUGAUAAGCCAAGCGCAGAAUGUUUGCCAGCUAGGAACCAGAAGAGAGAUGGCUGAAAGCGUCAGCCAAUGCAAGGUGUUCAUGCCUUCUUUCUGGGAUGCACAGCUCGUGAACGAGUGCGAGCCAUGGUACGACCAUCUCGACAACCCUCGCGAGAAAACGUUCGUGAACGGACCGAGAAACAGCCUGUUUAAAAACGAAAACGCAGGCAGUUUUUUUAGGGACGUCGACCCAAAGAAGGAAGAACCUGACAUGGCCCAAAUGCUAGAGCGAGACUCUGACAGCCCCGCGAGUUUCUCGAGUGUGGACAGUCCACCGGACCACGCGUGGAUGAUACGAGGCGUCCCGGCUUCUAGGGCUGAUGGCAUGAACGCAUUCAAAACAACAGAACAGAGGAAAUUUGUUAUGCACAAGAAUCACAAGACAACGUUCAAGUCGGGUCGCCCUCGCCUCUGUCAGUUCCUGCUGGAACUUCUCGACAACCCAGACAAAUACGCCUACAUGAUCGACUGGUUGGAUAAAGAGAAAGGCAUCUUCAAGUUCAUCAACUCGGGCGAAGUGGCGCGACUAUGGGGGCGUCGACGAAACAAGCCUUCCAUGAAGUAUGAGAACUUUGCUCGCUCUUUGAGAACCUACAUCGCCAAGGGAAUCCUCUUAAAGCCACGCAGCAAACUGGUCUAUCAGUUCGCCAAGGUAAAGAGCUGAGAGAUUCUAGCAAGGACUAUACGCCGCGAAAACGACACCAACAGAAAAGCCACUCAGAUUCCCACGAACAUUUGCGAGUAAACCCCAGUAGUAGUCUAACUGUUUCUCGGCAAAGCGCUGUAUUGUUCAGAGUGCAAUCACCACAAGAUAUUGAACUAAAAAAUAACGUGACAAUCAUGAUUUCAAAUCGACGAGAAAGGACCAGUAGGUCGUGAAGGACUGAGUGUAUCAGAGAGGAAAAAAGUACCAAUAUCUAUUUAAGUAGUUAGUACCGACAUGCGAAAUUCAUGCGCGAAACAUUCAGCAGAACGAUCAGAAAAACAUAAAGUUAUUUGAAUUUCAGAAAAAAAAAACAAAAGACAAAAUUUAAUUUUAAAUUUCCUGGUAGAUAAUUAGAAGAGAUAACAGCGCGACAGUUGAUUCUGUGCGCGCGUGGAGGUAAAUCUCGAGGCUUCUGCUUACUCCAAUCCGAGUCAAUUUCCAUGCUUUCCUUUUACAUCGAGUCUGUUAGAGUAGCUUUCUCACAUUUUAUCGAAUAAUAGGCAACGAAAAAUAUCUUAUAGGACAUUUAGGCGUCCCAAUCAUAGAACAAAAAAACAUUAGCAACUUACAACCGUUGUAUCUGCUCGAAAACAAAACAUACCAAUGUUAUUUCCCUGUUCAAGCUCAUUACCCGGUUAAUAAUAGUACUUGUUGAUAGUUUAUUCACCCCACCAAGUCUGCAAAAUGCCAUAAACGUGUGUGCCAGAAAGCAUAUCACAUCGAUACAGUGCUUGCCUGAUGACAGUCAAGCGAACAGUAUUUACUAUGUAAAAUACGAAAAGGACCAAGUUACAAUUUAGUGAUUCUGACCAUGUCAGACAUUGGGUGGUGUUAGUUAGCGUGUUGUGUUCGAAUUUUAACCCAUUACAAAGCCCGUUUCUCACAAAAGUUACUCAUUCGUUCGUUACCUAUCUCGUUCAUGUGUGUGUGAGAUGGAACAGGUUUGGAAGUAGUUAGUUUCCAAAAGGACAAGUGAUUUUGAAAUGGAAUAAAUGUUCUUAUCGUCUAAGUAAUUCAAUUGUGCCAAUAUUUUAAGGAAAAUUUAUCUAAAAAUUUUAUAUAAGGUCUUAUAAAGUAAUAUUCAGAUUUUAUGAAAUUAGCGUAAAAUAUAUUGUAGAAAACUAAGAAAUAAAAUCCAAUAAAAAAGUGUGUUAAAAACA